GCCCCAAAAAGCUGCCCCAAAAAAGGACAAUGAUCCUCACGCAAUGCCCCGUCUGCGCCGCCGAGCUCCCACCACUCUCAGCCAAGCAAUGCAGCCGCUGCAAGACGCGCUACUGCGGCGCCGACUGCCAGAAACAACACUGGGAGGCAGGCGGCCAUGACCAGCUCUGCAAGAAAAUAAGGAGAGGCGGCGGCGCCGAGCAGUACAAUGCGAAUAAGAAGUACACAGAGGCUGUCGUUGUCGCGGCGGAGGCGUGCGCCGAGGACACGAAGGGCCAGACGUGCUACAUCUGCACGCAGGCGCUCCACUGGAAGACGAAGGAGGGCCUCGUGCGCGGGUGUGCGUGCCGUGGAACGGCGGGCUUCGCGCACGUGUCGUGUCUGGCGGAGCAGGCGAAGAUUUUGGUCGCGGAGAGCGAGGAGAACAAUUUGGACGACACGCAGUGGCAUCGGUGGUACAAGUGCAGUUUGUGCGAGCAGGACUACCACGGCGUCGUGUCCUGUGCGCUUGGCUGGGCUUGCUGGAAGACGUACUUGGGGCGGCCGGAGGCGGACUGGACUCGGUGGUGUGCAAUGGGGCAGCUUGGGCGCGGUUUACUCGCUUCAGAGCACUACGAGGACGCGUUGUCCGUGCAAGAGGCGGAGCUUUCCACGCUGCGGCGCAUUGGCGUACCAGAAGGACAGAUGCUCGUCGCGCAGAGCAAUAUCGCGAACACGUAUGAUUUGCUCGGACGUUUCGAGGAGGCACUAUCGAUGCGGCAAGACACAUAUUCUAGAUGGUUGAAGCUAAAGGGCGAUGCACAUGAAGAGACGCUCAGAGAAGCCACGUCCUGCGCGAUUACCCUCUCUAAUCUACAUCGCUACGCAGAAGCCAAGGCAUUGCUACGCAAGAUGAUACCCGUCGCGCGGCGCGUUCUCGCUGAGAGUGAUGAUCUCCAAUUUAGGAUGAGGAUGGCUUGCAAUCGGGCGCUCUGCGAGGACCCUGCCAAAACGCUUGACGAUCUUCGCGAGGCCGUGUCGAUGCUCGAGGAGAUAGAACCGACCGCGCGGCGCGUGCUCGGUGGCGCGCACCCGAUCACAGCGGGGAUUGAGCGCGAUUUGCAAGAGGCGCGAGAAGUACUCCGCUCCCGCGAGACCCCACUCAGGUUCAAAGUGGGUGAUAGAGUCAUAUGCUGUGGGGGCCCGAAUCACUGGGAAUCCGGCACGGUCAUCAAGCUCUGGUACACCGAGGAUGGCUUCGCGCAAGGUUUCUACGCCCCGUACCAGGUUGAAUUGGAUGAGGGACGUUUGGUCUUCGCGCCGGACGACUCGGACGGGUGCGUCCGGAGGGAGGCGCCGCCGGAGGCGUCAUAAUUAACAACUCCCUUCUCCCUCGGCGAGGCGAUGGAUGCGAUGACGCCGGAGGAGGCAGAAAAGAAGUAGCAAGGAAGAUAAGUCUAGUUUACACGCCCC